UCGGCUGUGUACGAACUACGAAGUCGAAAGCCUCGAACUGCUCUCCCUGAUUCCAAUAUUAGCCAUUCUGUCCCUUCGAGAUGCUCUUCUCCUUCCCAACCCGUCUGCCGGGCUUCGAGCUCCUAACUUAGGGUUUCUGUGUCUGUGAAUCACUUCCGUUCUGUAUUUCUUGAUCAGUUGCUUCUCCUGAUCCUGCUUCUCGGUCGGCGUGUGUUGGCGUUGUGCACUUAGUUCUCCUGGUUCGGUGAUUGUCGCUGGAUGUGACAGCAGAGCUUGAACACCAUGACGGAAUCUCGGGUAAUGGUUGGAUAUCUUCUUCCUCUUACAAAGAACAUGGAGGAAGAUAGUAAUGUUACAAAAGUUCCUGUUUUUCAAGGAAACAAUGUUGUUGGCCGCAGCGUAGUCUCUGUAUCCGAUAAAAGAGUUAGCAGGAACCAUGUCAGUUUGAAUGCUCUUGUUGAUGGUUCAGUCGAAGUAGUAGUGGAAGGACCAAACCCAGUUGUAAUCAAAUCUAGAGAACAAAGAAAGAAGCUGCAUUCACAUGACAAGGCCAUGAUUGCUCCUGGUGAUAUUCUAGAGUUGAUACCUGGUCAUCACUUUUUCAGAUAUACCACCAUGAAUUCUGAGAUGCAAUCUGUCGCAUUGAGGAACUCUUCAAAUGAGGUAGACAAACAAAGUGUGGAGAAUAUAUUAGCUGUUAAAAGGAGGAGACAAAUUCUUGAAAAAGAAAGUCUUGCUGGAGCACUGCAGGUAAAUGAAGCAAGUUAUAGUUCCAACAAUAAGAUCCUUGCAAAUGUUAAAGUAAAAUCUGACAAAUCCCCUUCUAUUGAGAGGAACCCUGGGUGUGGAAAAUCUAAAAGUGCUGAAGCAAUUGCUCAUUUUCGUGUUUCUGACAAUAUGCUGCCUUCUACUUUCCGGCUUUUGAGAGUCCAAGGUUUGCCCACAUGGGCUAACACCUCCACGGUUGCUUUAGAUGACAUUAUCAAGGGGGAAGUUCUUGUUGCAAUCCUCUCAAAUUAUAUGGUGGAUAUUGAUUGGUUGUUUUCUGCCUGCCCACUACUGAGAAAAAUUCCUCAUGUGCUUUUGAUUCACGGAGAGAAUGAUGGUAUCCUGGAUCACAUGAAGAAAAAUAAGCUCAUAAAUUGGACUUUGCACAAACCCCUACUUCCUAUUGCUUAUGGGACACACCACUCAAAGGCGAUGCUUCUUGUUUAUCCUCAAGGGGUGAGGGUUGUAAUACAUACAGCCAAUCUAAUCUAUGUUGACUGGAACAAUAAGACUCAAGGAUUAUGGAUGCAAGACUUCCCAUGGAAACAACGUCAAGAUCACUCAAAGACCUCUCCUUUUGAAGAGGAUUUAGUUGAUUACCUUGAGAAAUUGAAGUGGCCUGGACUAAAUGUCUCGAUUCCAGUUGCUGGCAGUGCAACGAUCAAUUCAUCCUUCUUCAGAAAGUUUGAUUUUAGCAGUGCAUCGGUCAGACUUAUUGCAUCCGUUCCUGGAUAUCAUUCUGGUGGAAGCUUGAAAAAGUGGGGCCAUAUGAAGCUUCGAUCUGUUUUGCAGGAGUCCCUAUUUGACAAAGAAUUCCAGAAGUCCCCUAUAGUAUACCAGUUUUCUUCUCUUGGCUCCCUUGAUCAGAAGUGGAUGGAUGAGUUAUCGGCAUCAAUGUCUUCAGGUUUAUCUGAAAAUGGUUCGUCCUUAGGGUUAGGAAAUGUGCAAAUAAUCUGGCCCAAUGUUGAAGAUGUUCGAUGCUCUCUUGAGGGUUAUGCUGCUGGUAAUGCUCUUCCAAGCCCUCAAAAGAAUAUAGAGAGAGCAUUUUUGAAGAAGUAUUGGUGUAAAUGGAAGGCCAUUCAUACUGGUCGUUGUCGUGCAAUGCCUCAUAUCAAGUCAUACACUCGAUAUAAUGGACAAAGGCUAGCUUGGUUUCUCCUUACUUCGGCAAAUCUCAGCAAAGCUGCAUGGGGUGCACUGCAAAAGAAUGGAUCCCAACUUAUGAUACGCUCAUAUGAGCUUGGAGUGUUGUUCUUGCCAUCUCUCAUCUCCAAAUCUCGUUCUUCAUUUUCUUGCACGGACAGUGGCAGGGUAAUGCAGACGGGGGAAGGGGUGUCACAAAGCAAACUGCGAACAGAACUUGUCACUCUUUGCUGGGAAGAAAGCAAGAAUGUGAAUUCUUCAUCUGAAAUUAUACGCUUGCCGGUGCCGUAUCAACUUCCACCUGUGCCAUACAAUGAUGAAGAUGUUCCUUGGUCAUGGGACAGGCAGUAUCACCUGAAGGAUGUCUACGGACAACGCUGGCCUCGUCACGUGCAGCUCUAUUCUAAUUAGGAAUUUAUCUGUCAAAAUUGCGGUUUAUGGUUAAUAAACUUGUCGGGAAUUUCUUUAAUCAAUGAUAUUAUGAGUGCUGACGUGAGGAAAAUGCAGGAAAAUUUGUCUAGAGUUGUGGUCUUCCGAUAUUUAAUUUGUUUAGUUAGGUGAGUUUAGUAUCUAAUGCGAAUCAGUUGAAAAGCAUUAUUAUCAACUGGCAGUGUUAUGUUUGCGGCAAAACUAAAUGAAAUUGAAACUGGUAUAAUUUUAUUUA